AUGGCUGACACCGGACAAGUCCGUCGCAUACCUCGUCGGGCCAACCGGCCCGACCCUGCCGACUACCGCUUCCGCGGUCUCACCGACACGGUCGCUGUCAAGCCUCCGGGCAGCAUCAACGGCGAGCAGUUUAUCAUCGAUACCUGCAGUGGAUGCGAGCUGUAUGUUCUGGACCACACGGCGACGGUGUCUAUCGACGAGUGCACUGACUGUCGCAUUGUGCUGGGCCCGUGUGCGUCGUCGGUCUUUGUCCGCUCCUGCGCCCGCGUCGUCGUCGUCGUCGCCUGUCAGCAGUUCCGUCUCCGCGACACGACGGCAUCGACCAUUGCGCUGCAUGCAGGGACCAAGCCCAUCAUCGAGGACGCCAAGGCCAUCAGUCUUGCGCCGUACCCGCUGGCGUAUCCAGGCAUCGACGCUCACUUUGCCGCUGCCGGUCUUGUUCCGGCCAACUCGGUCUGGGCCGACAUCUACGACUUUACUGCCGUCGAAGCCCACAAGGCCGGUGCCUCGUCGGCGGCGGCGGCGUUCUCGUUUGUCCCGUGGGGCGCCGCGCUCGGCCGACUGUUUUCCCAUCUCACCGGCGACGAGCUCGGCGAGCUCCUGGUCUCGCUUGAUCCGGCAACCGGCGUCGUCCCGUGCACGCUCGGGCGGGAGCCUGAUGCAGCAAGCGCCCACGCCUUUGUCGGGCUGUCCGGGCCGGCUGCGGCGCCGCUGGCGGUUGCCGCCUGUCUGGCAAAAGUGUGGGAGGCCGCGCAGGCUGUGGCAGGCGCGCCUUCUCUCGAGAGUCUCCCGUUCGUCCUGGUCAAGUCCGCCGCCACGCCCGCCCUCGACGCAGCGCUCGCCGACACCAUGUUUGCGCCGGUGGCGUCGGUGGCGUCCACGGUUGCUGCCCGCCUCGCAAACAAGCCGUUUAUUGGCCUGUGGUUUGCGGCGCUCCCCGAGAGGUGGCCAGGCGAGGGCAGCGGCCCAAGCGACGGCCCACCGCCACGCUCGCUGGCGGCGCUGCUGCGGUCUGCUGUUGCGUCGUGGGCAGCGGCAGGUCUCGAGCCAAGCCCCGACGCGCGCUUUGCCGCGUACGUUGCGCCGGACUCGGCUGCGGCGAGCGAAGCGGCGCAGGCGUUCUUCGCCGAAGCUGCCGACGCAUGGCAGGGAAACGCGCUAUGA